UUUUUUUUUCUGGGCAUUCUUUGCUACCAGCUCCACUUCUUAUUAGAGACUCCUCAAAGCUAUACAAAACUAUAUAUACUAGUUUAGAUAGCUCUGUUCCCCAACACAAGAAGCAAAGCAUCCCUCUCAAAUCUGACCUUCUCUCCUCUCUUCACAUUCCAAAAUGGCCAACCCUAUUUCUCUCUCCUCCAAAACAAUGAAGGUCACCUUCUAUCUCUUCUUGUUACUAGUCACCACCAUCGGAUGUGCCAGCUCAGCUCGGAUCCUUGAUGAAGUGGACCCACAAUUCCCAAUCUCAGCCGACGCACCUGUAGAAGUUCCUGACGUGGCACCCGUAGAAGGCCCUGCCACCAUAUUACCAAGUGGCCAAAUCCCGGCCACUCCCACCGGUACCACACCUGUUGUUGGCCUGGCACCUUUAGCUGGACCCACCACAACCCUACCAAAUGGACCCAUCCCAGUGGUUGCCCCUAUUGCCACUUCAGCCCCUGAUGCCGAUGUGCCCAAUACCGUGACACCACCCGUUGCUGACGUGGCACCACCAGUAGCUACUCCUGCCGUCACAUCACCAAGUGGGCCUACCUCAGCAGCUUCCGCCGGUGCUGCGGUGGCCCCACAAAACCCUCCAUUGUCCUUCUUCAUGCAUGACAUCUUGGGAGGGACCCACCCUUCGGGCAGGGUGGUGACGGGGAUUGUGGCCAACUCCGACGUCAACAACCUUCCUUUCUCCAAACCCAAUAGUCAGGUCUUCCCGAUCAAUGGCGGCGUUCCACUUAACAGUGUCACCGGUGUCAUCAACAACAACAAUGCCCCAUUACUUGUAGGCCUCAAUGGCUCACCAAGCUCCACCGUCAUACAAAACAGUGGCAACAACAACAAUGUCAAUGGCGGCAACAACUUGCCCUUUGUCUCAGCUGGCCAGCUUCCGGCUGGCGUAACCCUUCAACAGCUCAUGUUCGGCUCCAUAACCGUUGUUGACAACGAGUUAACCGAAGGGCACGAGCUUGGAUCUGCUGUGCUAGGCAAGGCACAAGGUUUUUACUUGGCAUGCUCAUUGGAUGGUACUAGCCACACGCUUGUGUUGACAGCAUUGUUCCACGGUGUUGAUCAUGACAUGGACAACACAAUUAGUUUCUUUGGGAUCCACCGUACUGGUUCACCAUUGUCUGAGAUCGCAGUCAUUGGUGGCACGGGAGAGUAUGAGAAUGCUAAAGGGUAUGCCACUAUUGAGACUCUUCACCAGCAAGAUCAGCACACAACCGAUGGCGUAGAAACAAUCACCCAGUUCAAUGUUUACCUCACCCUCUAGGGUUUUACUCUUUGUGGAACUUGAUUUGCUAUCUCUUUGUAUUUUGGAUUGAAGUUGAAUGUUAUCUGAUGUGUCUUUCGUGUGUAUCUGUGUGAUUGAAUGAAUCGAAUUACAGCAUUCAUUGA